AGCUUUAUGUCCAGCAACGCCCCUGGUUUUACCAAUAUACUGAUUUUAUUGCUAUAUGAUUUUGACAUUUGCAUUCUAGUUUCGGUUUGGUAUUAUAAUUUGUUCAUGAAAUAAAACGGAUGCCACGGGAUUUUUAUACGUUUUUGCACGUAUUGUGAAGGAAUUUCAAACUUAUCUAUUUGGUUCCAGGAUUUGCAGUGCGGGGUCCUGCAAUGCCCCUAAUUGUCCAGUUGGGGGCGUCUGUGACGUUGCCCUGCUCUGUGGAUACCCCACUACCUCUGCGCGAGCUGAAGGUGCAGUGGAUGAGGGAGGAUUCUGGGAUCCUGGUGCAUCUGUUCCAGGAACGGAAGAGUUGGCCAGAAUCACAGAGCCCAGCUUACAGCGGCAGGGCCGAUUUUUUCUCUAAAGAAAUCUCCAAAGGAAACUUCUCUCUGCUGCUUAGGAAUGUCACUAGUGAAGACAAAGGGCUGUACAAGUGCGUAGUUCACACUGAACACGAGUCCCAUGAAACAAAGGUGAAAAUAGAUAUCGAAUGGCUGGUUGUGACUGGUGCAGACGUGCCAGUAUUUGCAUAUGCUGGUGAAGAUGUGAUUCUGAACUGCUCAGUGGACACCCAUGUUCCUCUCAAAGAGUUAGAAGUAGAGUGGAUAAAGACAAAUGGGGAAAUCCUGGUGCUGCUGUUUUCUGAGGGGGAGAACAGACCAGAGUCACAGCAUGAGAGAUUCAGGGGGCGUGCUGAGUUCUUCAGUGAGGAGAUUCCCAAAGGAAACUUCUCUCUGAAACUGAGGGAUGUAAAAACAGAAGACAGGGGGGAAUUCAUGUGCAAAGUCCAUACAAACAGAGAAUCAGUCAAUGCAACGGCAUGGCUACAAGAACAGGGUUUUUCCACCUUACAUUUAUGUGUCCUGGGCUUAACCAUUGCUGCAGCGGCUUUUGCAGUUAUAAGCUGCAUUCCUGCUCUUUGGUAUAUAAACAAAGAAAGACAAGAAAAAAUCAAAGAAGAGAGUUGUCCACCCAGUGACUCCGUCGCUAAUGAAGAUGAUGCAGAGGGUAAAAGCAACAGAGCUGUGUUGCUAUAUUGCCUUCAAGUCUCCGUUCCAUGCAUCCUGAUGUCCAUUGCAUUCGCCAUAUGGGGUUAUAUUGAAAGCUCUAUUGGAGAGGCUUAUGUUGGCAGUACUAUAAAUCUCAUGAGGAUUCUUGUGAUUUUUAAGGUGGCUCCAUAUACACUUCCUGGGGCGCAGUCAAGCGCGUGGCUCACUGGGCACGGUCUGGGCCUUUCUGUGUGGAGUUUGCAUGCAUCCCCCCAUCCAUGUGGGUUUCCUCCAGGUACAUGUUACACAAGAUUCACAAACAUGGCGCUGCGAUUGGAAAGGUUUGUCAUUACAACAGGGGUAAAUUCUAUUCUUCUCCAUAAGCUUUUGGCAUCUGCCCCAGAUGCAGGAACAAAACUAUUUUCUGGAUUCAUGUUUGCAGUUGUCCUGUUGAAGCAAUUAACAACAGAUAUAUUUUCAGCUUUGUCUGUUUUUCGAAUUGACAGCACUGAAAUGGAAAUAUUCUUUCUGAUUAUCACACAUUCUGCAUAUGGUUUUUCAGUGGUGUUCAUUAUUUGGUUUAUUCAACCUGCUUUAUCUGAUAUGCAGUUAUUUCUGAGAACUGCUUUAUACAAAAGAAGGUAUCGAUCUUUAUAUUUCCUCCCUGAUGUGCUUAUUUUCAUUCUUAAAAGAACACUCUACCUUCUGGUUCUGAUCAUCCUUUCAGAAAGGGAUAAAGAAUACCCGGCAUUGAUGUCUUUCAUUGCAUUCCUCUAUAUCCUGAAUCCAAUACAGCAAUUUAACGACAGGAGUAAUUUCCCUGCUGUUCUUCAUAUCCUAGUAUAUGUGUUUGGUUCUGCUGUCCUAAGUGUCCUUAAUUCAGCUGCUCUAGCAGGAGAAGUCUUUCUGAAAGCAGAAAAUGGGGAACGAACUGUGGAAGAUCUUCGGUUGAUCAUCUUUCCCUUUGAGUCUUUCUUUUUGGCCUGUUGGCUGGUUUUACAGAUCUAUGCAUACUGUAUGCAGAAUACAGGAAUGAAAGAAGAGUUGAAGCUCAUUUUCCUGAGCUGCAAAACAAAAGGCCAGUCAUCGACAUCUCAGCAAAAUCAGACGCCACAGGAACUUCAAGAGAUAGUACCUCUCUCUCCACCUGAGCAGAGUACAGCACACACACAGGAGGUAUUUUCUGGAACAGAUGAUGGUCUCAGUAAGGUGUAAAGGAUCCUCUCAUCUACAGAAGGACACAGUCUUAAGGCCUGAUUCUGUGUAUCCACAAUGUGCAAUAUUUAAUAAUAUGUAAUAUUUAUAUUUGCUAAUAUUGGUGCACAGAAUUGACAUUAUUGAUCUCAGAACAUCACUCAUAGCUUUCCUUGCCAAUACUGCUGCAUGCUGAAAAAAUGUUCCUCGUUUGUUUGAAACGCAUGCUUUUGUUUCUCAAAAAAAAAUCACAUUGCUGAACACAUUGUUAGCAAACUGUGACUGUCACCAUUUUUGUUGAAAUAAGUUCCACUUUGUGUACUGUAUUAACAGACAGUGUCAUAAAAACCGUUUAGAGAAAAACUGGACUUGAAUGGUACAUAAUGACAUUGCUGUGUAAAUAAAUGUUACUUGUCUCCUAUUGCA